AUGGCGAAUAAGCGCUCGACUAGGAAUAAUACAAGGAGAAUCCCAAAGGAUACACACAGUGUGAGGGAGACAGUAGACGAGGAAGCCUCGUAUGAAGAACCGGAGGACCCAGUGCCGGAGCACAGAAUCAAGAGGAGGAAGAAUGGAACCGCUGCUCACGCCAGUGACCACGAGAAUGACAACACCAGCCACUACAAACGGAUACCACACGGAGGUGUCGUAGCAACAAUCGACGGAAAACAGUUUUAUCACUCGGUAGAAAUUGACGGAGAGGUCAUCUCGAUCAAUGACUCGGUGGAUAUACUACGAAACUCUAAGCAGAAUGGAGCCAUACGCGAAUCCAAUCUUGCAAAGAUAUCGGCACUCUAUGUGAAUGAAAAUGGAACGCUCAUGGCAGAAGUAGCCUUUUAUUUCGACUCGGGGGAAAAGAUACCCUACUCAAAGGUGGUCGGUACAACCAAAAACUCAAAACCUUCACACUGGCUAGGGUUCUCUCAUAUUAAUGAGGUCGUUGCUUUUAAUAAGUUUGAAAGUGUUGAGGUGGAAACAUUUGACGAAAAGGUCUUUGUCCACGCAAGUUUUGAAGAAUACUCCCAGGAGAUAGACUCUGGGGGUGACGAGGAAAUCAACGUCUUUUGCAAUUUCAUAUGUUUUUCUGAAAAUUACACAGUUGUUCCAUUCAAUGUCAAGAGCGACUGGAGACAAGUUAUGCUAGAGAGCAGCAAGUAUCACAGGGUUUACUUCCCAAACACAAUCUCUCAAAAGGACGACUUUGAUGAUACAUUGCCGCCAGAACUCAGCCUUCAACUCAAUACAAACUCACACACAAUACUAGGAAGGGAUGAAGAAGCUGAAAAGAUACGCACGUUUAUGGAAACUGGUAUCAAACAGGGUGGAACUGGCCAAAUUUUAUACAUUAGCGGAGUUCCUGGUACCGGAAAAACUGAAACUGUCAAAAUGGUAUCAAGACAGCUUGUUGAUAAAAAAUUGAAGGGGAAACUGCCCUGGUUUGAUUUAAUUGAAAUUAAUGCAGUUCAUUUAUCGAAGCCAAACGAAUUGUAUCGCGUAUUUUACACAAAGCUAUUUGGUAAACAUGCACCAAAUGAAUAUGCAUCAUAUGAAGCAUUAGAAUCUUAUUUUUCAAACAACAAGACGCCAUGUGUUUUAAUUGUAGAUGAGGCAGACUAUAUCGUUACUAAAACUCAAAAGGUGUUGUUUACCCUUUUCGAUCUGCCCUCCAAAAAAGGAUCAAAAUUUAUCCUCUUGAUAAUUUCAAAUACCAUGGAUCUACACACAAGAAUGCGCGCCUCAUGCGUAAGCCGAUUAGGUUUUGGAACGGUGACUUUCAAGCCAUACAGAUAUCAGCAAAUCAUGGAGGUGAUCCAACACAAAUUGGGAAAGUUCUCAAAUAUAGAUCCAGUUGCACUGCAACUAUGCGCAAGAAGGGUGACAAACUACAGCGGAGACAUGAGAAAGGCGCUUCAGAUUUGUAAACUUGCGAUUAAAGAAGCUAAUGGACGAAAUGUAACAACUUCUGAUAUGAGCAGAGUUACAAAUAUGGUUCUUAAUUCUGCGGUUGUAGAUGCCCUUCAGUAUGUCUCUACUGGCAUGAAGUGUUUAUUGGUUGCGAUAAUAUUGGUUCUGCGCGAAUUAGAACUUUCUAUAGCACCUGCGUUACCUGUGUAUAACAGAUUUAGGGGAAUGAUCACGGUACUAAAGCCAGAGUUAGAAGGCCACGUGUGCAAGGAUUCAUUCAAACACUUACUCUUGUCGUCUAUAAACAGCGGAAUAAUAUCUCUGGAGCCGACCGUUUUUCCUUCCUUCACUUGUGGUGACAAGACAAAGCAUCUUAAAAUUUUCGAUGAUAUAAACGAGGAUCUAGGGGAUACAGGAAUUGUCAUCCUUAUAGACAUUGGACAUUUAAUCACAGCGCUUGCUAAGGACCCUUACUGGGAACGAAAACUUCAAACUGUAAUUUAA